UAUUCACAAGCGCUCUGGCAGUCGUGUGACUCUGACUUAUUGUUGCACCUGUUAUUUCAUCAUUGACAACAUGGAUGUGCCAGACACAAGGAGAGUUGUCAUUCUGGGAAAAACUGGAGCUGGGAAAAGCAGCCUGGCUAACACCAUAUUUGGAGAGAAACCAUUCAAAGUUGAUAAUACUGCUAACUCAGGAACAAAAGAAUGUCAAGCAGAAACCAGAUCUGUCAAUGGAAGAAACAUCACUUUGAUCGACACUCCUGGUUUCUUCGACACAGAUAAAUUUGAGGAAGAGCUGAAGUGUGAGAUACUGAGGUGCAUCAUAGAGUGCGCUCUUGGGCCUCAUGCUUUUCUCAUUGUGCUGAAAGUGGAGAAAUUCACAGAGCAAGAGCAGGAUGUCAUCAACAAAAUACGCCAAUACUUCUCUGAAGUCUUCAAAUACGCAACAAUCGUCUUCACUCAUGGUGACCAGCUGGAGGAAGGAAAAAAAAUUGAGGAUUUUGUCUGCAAUAAUAAGUCAUUGAGUGAUCUGGUGAAGAAAUGCGGAGGCCGCUGCCAUGUCAUUGAUAAUAAAUACUGGAAGAACAACCAACAGGAUGAAUACAGGAGCAACAAGUACCAGGUGGAGAAAAUACUUAACACAAUAGAUAAGGUAACUGAAGCAAAAAAAGGAGGCUGCUACACCAAUGAGAUGCUCCAAAAAGUACAGGAAAUAAUUGAACAAAAGAAGACGCACAUUAGAAAGUCAUCAGGAAACAUGUCAGAGGAAGAGAUCACACGGCAGGCUAAAGACAGAGCAUUUAAGGAGAUCUGGAUCAGACUGGCAGGUGUUGGAACAGGUGCAUUGUUAGGAGCUUUGUUUGGUGCAGUAGCGAUGGUUGGAGUAGUUGUCUACGCUUUAAAGGAACUAGUGCCUGCGGCCAAAACAGUUGUACUGGCAGCAGGAGCAGCUGGUGCAGGAGGAACAGCAGCAGGAGCAGCAGCUGCAGGAGCAGUAGCUGCAGGAGAAACAGCAGCAGGAGCAGCAGCCGCUGGAGCAGUAGCUGCAGGAGGAGCAGCAGCAGCAGCAGGAGGAACAGCAGCAGCAGAAGCAGCAGCAGCAGCAGCAGCUGCUGCAGCAGCUGCAGGAGGAACAGCAACAGGAGCAGCAGGAGUAGCAGGUACAGCAGCAGGAGGAGGAGCAGCAGCAGCAGGAGCAACAGCAGGAGGAGCAGCAGUAGCAGGGGGACUAGGAGCAACUGGAAUUGCAUUGAUCUCAGUUGCAGUGGUAUCUGCUGCAGUGGGAGCAGCAGUGGGAGGUUAUGAAGGAUAUCAUGCAGCUGAGGGAGCAGACACACCAUGGGAAGCAGCAAAGAUGACAGUAGCUGCUCUCAACGAGGGAGCCCAGUCUAUCAAAUCGACCAUAGAUGGAGUGGGAGAUUGUUUGAAAACUUUGAAUGUUUCAAGCAAACCAACAUAUUCAAAGUUAAAAGAGAGUUAAAACCUACAAUGAGCUGUGACUCCUGAAGACGGGGAGGAAAAUAUAUCAUUAAAGUCAUGUCUCCCCGUAGAUCACAUGAAAAUCUUUUUAACCCAUCGUUAACCUUUGAGCUGAAGUAUGUUUAUUCAUAAUGUCACAGGUUUUAUCUUGUCUGAGCUUCAAGAGCUUUUUCCUGUUUUACAAUCUAUCUUUAUGCCUCCACACCAGUGAAAGGAAUUAUGAUUUCAGGUUGUCUGUCCUUCCAUCCAUCCAUCUGUCCGUCCCUCCAAUUCUUGAUAAUGUGGUAUCUCAAAAAAAUGCCAAAUUUGGCACCAAUGUCCACUUGGACACAACCAUGACCUGAUUAAAUUUUUGUGGUCAUUGGUCAAAGGCCAAGGUCAGUGUAACCUUGCAUCAGCCUCAAUCUCAUGAACACGACUCCUCUCAAACGCCUGGAUGGAAUGUUUUUGAAUUUGGCAAAAAUAUCCUCUUAGACUGAAGAAUUUGGUGGUUGAAGGUCAAAGGUCAAGGUCAGUGUGACCUCACAAAACACAUUUUGGUUAUAACUCAAGAAUUCCUACACUAACUAUAUGACACAAAUGUCUAAUAGGAUAAAAUGAUGAAUUGAAGACAUUGUAUAUACAAAAGGUCAAAGGUCAGCUUCACUGUGACAUCAUAAUGUUCUGCAUAAAACAGUGUGUUGCCCGGGGGAAGAUGUUUGUGAAGCACCGGAGUUUUCACAGGUGUGGAUGUGAUCCAAACUGCAUUGUAAAUAUUUGGAUUUCUACCUUAUUUUUAUUGUAUAUAAUAUUUUUUCAGUGUUUCUUACUUUGUAUUGUAACUGCUGCACAGCAAGUUGCAAUUUUAUCUUAACCACAGACUCUGUGUUUGAUGUGUUGUUAAGUGCAUAUACUAUAAACCAGUGGUACUCAGCUCAUGGCCCAUGGGCCCAACAUUUAAAAAUGUUGUAAUCAAAUCAAUGUACUCAUUGUUCACUGCUCUCUGUUGCAAAAGCUAACCAGCAAAUAUCAUUUAAUCUAUGUACAACAUCAUUUUAUUAGAAUAGCUGUGAUUGUUAGUGGAUUAAAAUGUAUAACCAAGAUAAAUAUGAACAAUCAAUAAACUCAA